GUGAGUUGUUCUGAAAAUAAUCAUGUUGAUGUGGAGAGACUGGUUUGACAAUACUCACUUGAGUCGAGGAUGGGUCUAUGGAGCAUGCAUGGAAGUGGUGGUGACAGCAAAGUUGGACGAGACCCUGAGAAGCAAGCAGUGAACUGUGGUGCCAGAUUGUCCGUAUUCAGUCACCACAUGGCAUGAAACGGAUUAACGUGGGAAAACGAGAAACAGGAGCCCAAUUUUUGAAAAAGGUUGCAAAGGAAUUUGGCUGUUCUAACAAUGGCUUUUCUGUAUACCUUAACAGAAAUAAAACUGGAGAGAUCUCCCCAACGAAUAAAUCACUGUCUUUGCUUAAAAUUAAACAUGGAGACAUGCUAUUCCUCUUUCCAUCAAGUGAUGCUGGGACUUCCACUCAAGUUAUGGAGACUUCACCUCAAGCUCCUGGAGGGUCUCGAGUUUCAACCACGUCUGCAGUGCCUGUUGUGGAGGAUGAAAUUGACCAGUACUUAAUGAAACAGGAUGGAAAGAUCUACAGAAACCGGGACCAGCAACAGUGUCGGCAUGGAGCGCUGGGUAAAUGUGUUCAUUGUGUACCACUGGAGCCUUUUGAUGAGGAUUACCUUAAUCAUUUGGACCCACCUGUUAAACACAUGUCAUUCCAUGCAUACAUCCGAAAACUGACUGGUGGUGCUGAUAAAGGCAAGUUUGUUGCUUUGGAGAAUAUUAGCUGCAAAAUCAAAUCUGGGUGUGAAGGGCAUCCUCCAUGGCCUGAUGGAAUUUGUACAAAGUGCCAACCAAGUGCCAUAACUCUUAAUAGACAGAAAUACAGGCAUGUGGACAACAUAAUGUUUGAGAAUCAUACAAUAGCAGACCGUUUCCUCAACUUCUGGCGUCAAACAGGAAACCAGCGCCUUGGGUUCCUUUAUGGUCGCUACACCGAGCACACGGACAUUCCUCUAGGUAUUCGAGCAGAGGUUGCUGCCAUCUACGAACCUCCACAGGUUGGUACAGCAAACAGCUUAGAAUUUUUGGAAGACCCAAAAGCUGAAGUUGUAGAUGAAAUUGCUGCUAAACUUGGAUUAAGGAAGGUUGGUUGGAUAUUCACAGAUCUACUAUCAGAGGACACAAGAAAAGGCACUGUCAAGUUUAUCAGGAAUAAGGAUGCGCAUUUUCUAAGUGCAGAAGAAUGCAUUACAGCAGGAGAUUUCCAAAAUAAACAUCCCAAUGUUUGCCGCCUAUCUCCUGUCAAUCAUUUUGGAUCUAAAUUUGUUACCGUCUUAGCAACAGGUGGUCCAGAUAAUCAGGUUCAUUUUGAAGGUUACCAAGUUUCCAAUCAGUGUAUGGCACUCGUAGGAGAUGACUGUUUUCUACCGUGCAGAGAUGCACCAGAGCUGGGAUAUGUGAAGGAGUCUUCUAGUGAGCAAUAUGUUCCUGAUGUUUUCUAUAAGGACAUAGACAAAUUUGGUAAUGAAAUCACACAGUUAGCAAGGCCAUUGCCAGUUGAGUACCUGAUCAUUGAUAUUCCUACGACUUUUCCAAAGGAUCCUGUUUACACUUUUGCUUCAUCCCCACACCCCUUUCCUGUUGUGAACAGGGAUGUCGUCGGAGAGACACAGGAUUUCCAUACCCUUGCCUCCUACCUAUCACAGAAUCAGUCUGCUGUCUUUCUUGAUGUCAUCUCAGAUUUCCACCUACUUCUAUUUCUGGUAACCAAUGAUGUUAUGCCGCUCAGGGAUAGUAUCAACUUGUUGUUGGAAGCAGUGAAAACACGGAAUGAGGAGCUUGCCCAGACCUGGAAGAGAUCAGAGCAAUGGGCUACCAUUGAACAGCUGUGCAGUACAGUGGGUGUUCAGCCACACAGUGCUUCUGAUUAUGGUGCACUAGGAGGGUCUCCACAGUCUGCUCCCACUGCGAUGUGGUCCUGUAGACACUGCACCUUCAUGAACCACCCAGGCACUGACCAAUGUGAAAUGUGCAAUCUUCCUCGAACCUAGCCAGCAACAAAUGAAAGCCGGAUUUGGGCAUAUCCUUUGAUCCUUUUGUCCAUUUGGAAGGCAAGGUAGCUGCCAGAGCACUCUGGCUCCAGCAAGCAAAUUCUACAAAUGAACUUGUACUCUUGAGGUCUGUCUGGACUUCUUAAUUGAGAUUAAAAACAAUUACUAAAUACAACUUUUACUUUCAAGGACUUUUACUUUCUUGAAUGUUUCAGUUGAAUGCUUUUUGAGAAGAUAUUAUUUGUGCAAAACAAAUUCUACGGGGGUUAUAAUGACACACUUGCCUUGUUAGUUUAAAAAAAUCUGGCGAGCAAAAUGUAGCACCCAGCUCAGGAACAGCUACUGAUGGUUAGCUUUUACCCAAAGGCUGUGGAAGGGUUUCAGAUUUUAUGUGAAUUUAGCAAGUUACCUAAACUGCUCAAAUAUGUGCUGCAAACCUGUAAUUGCCCCCUCAAAAGUACCAAAAGGGUGGUGAUGCUUAGUUUGACAUGUUUUGCUUUCUGCUGUCAGAUGUCAUCAGUGUGGAUAAGUCAUAGAUGACUGAAGAAUCAGAGUUGAGAGUACGUUACUGCAAUUCUUUUCCUGAAGGGGCAAGAUGGGUUUAAACACUUGAAGAUAUUUACACGAUAGGUGUUAUUUGGUUAAUCUGUGGCAGUUUCCCCUGCCUUGAUAGUUAAUAUCUCUUGUUGAUGGUCUUAAAACUGCCUCACAAUUGAAUGUUGUCCUUUGUGACAUUGACGUGACUAUAAUACUUGGAGCGUAUAAUUAAAUUUAGAGCGACUUGAAAAACCAAUAAUGAUUAGUACUGUGACAAAGCCUGUUCUGUCCUUUCCCAGCAAAACUGAGUACCCGUGUUUUUAGACAAUAAGUAUGUGCAGUUACAUGUAUUUAAUGGAGUAGAGCAUGUGAGGAUGAGUCAUUUAAAUAUGACCAAUAUUUACUUGUACAGUGCUCUCCAAAGCUUCACUGCAUUGCUUUAAAGUAAUCUGUCCAGUUGUCUGCUGAUGCACAUUUAUUUUUAUCAUGUGCUGGUGAACUGGACUAAGAUUGUUGGGAUACAGUUUCAAAUACAAGAUAAACUUAAAUAUUGUUUGUUAUAACUAGAAUAUGCAUCAGCAAAUAAUGGUACAAAUGUACCAAUGUACACUUCAAUUCAGCCAUAUGACUUGUAUUUACAUACACUUCACUUGCCAAGGACUGCGAUACGAAUUAAUGUCAGUGCUGGUUUCUUUUGUUUUAAGGGGUUUGUAACAAGUUAUUUGUUUCAUGGAGCUUUUACAGCUUUGUAAAAUUGUGAUAUGAUCUGUACUUCCUUUUAUUUUUAAAUCCUGUAUUCUUAGCAUGACAACAGAAAGAGUUGAAUGCUGCUUUAAUAGAUGAUCUCCCAGGAAGAUGAAAAUUACUUUUAAUAAGCAGGCCCAAUAAUGUGGUAGUUAAGAUGUUUUCUGCUCAGGCCUGAUGUUUUAGAUUCCUGACUGUGCCUAACAUAUCAAUCCAUUACCUACAUGAUCAAUCAGUUGAGAGGUUUCAAACUUUUGGCAUAAAGGCAAAUGUAUAACAAAUAUCUCCAGAGAAGUAAACUUUAAGGCCCAGCACUCUGUAUUCCCAUUAGAAUGGGUUGAUUCUCCACUGUAGAGUUUAGGACCAUCUUAUUUUUGUUUUUCAGUUCAGAAUAUUUUGCCUUACAGUUCUAUCAUUUGGCCACUUCUUUGACCAAACCUGUCAGUUGAGCAUAUUGUAGCAUUAACAUUGAAGUCUCUCUCAGCUGCACUCUGCCUGCUGAAACAGGCUAUCUAGAAGCCAAAUACUUGAAAAUCAUUUUGAGGACAGAACAAUAUGUAUUGAAUCACAAGACCUUUUGCUGUACUUUUUAUGCUGGUGACCUGACGGUUUCAGCAUUCAGGUAGAAGAUGCUUGCCCUGAAAGUUAUCAUUUGAUUUCCAAAAUCUGUGCUGAACCAAGUUUGUUAAAUAAAUAUCUUGGUAGGAGAUUAGGUGCUUGCAAAACCCCCGUGCUGCUAAGAAUCAAAUUUUCUAGUCAUGUGUAUGAUGUACUUGACCCAAUAUUGCUCUGCAAUAAUUCCUACCUAGGAUAUGGAUCUCAAAAGUGUACUGGGGGGUAAGAAAUGGACGGUGGGGACAAACCACUUUUUCUUCCAGUAUUGCCAAGUCUGAUGCAGAGGUGAAUCAUAGAAAAUCUUUCAUUCUGAUUGCUGCCAGAUCUGUUGUUUGCUUGCAAAUUGGCAUAGCCUCCAGCAGACUAGAUAAACACAAACAUAAUUUGAAAUGUAUUAACAGUAUAUUUUAAAUACAUUACCCACCUCCAUGCUCCAUUUUUACCACUGCACUACUUUCAGAAGUUUAGACCAGUAAAGAGCUGUGAUGCAGCAUUUGGUGUUGUAAAAUGACUUGAUGCUGCAAAAAGUGUACAAAAAAAAGGAAAAUGUAUUAAAAAAUUAGUGCAUUAACUUGGCUUUGAUGUUUAUGAAAAAAAAUGAAACAGUAGAUGGAGUGAUAUUUGACAAGUAGUUUGCAUACCCUGAAAUUAGUAACACCUUCCAACUAGAUAAUUGAAGUUGCAGGCUUAAAAUGCUGACUAGAACAACAAAUGGAAACUUCAAAAUAAGCAAUUUGAAGAUAAGUAGUUGGUAGCAAGUGUUUUUGUUUCUCACCUGUUUCAAUAAGCCUCAUUUAUCCUUUUUAAGCCUUCGUACACAGGCUUUUAGGGGACAUUUUGUGCUUUAGUAGUGCCAUCAUUUGCAAGUAUAAUAAAGAGGCACACGUUCCUUUAUCAGUA